AUAAAAUCCCUAGAAACGCGAGACUUGGCGUCAUUUUGACAAGAUGGCGAAACGAGGUGAUUGGGUUUACGAUGAAUUGCUGUGUUUCUUGGGCAAUCCUUUCUUCCAGGUUCCUGUCUUAACUUUUAUGGAGUCCAAAUGUUUAAUAUUUGACCCAAGUACUGAAGACAGUGAUGAAUACAAAACAGUUCAUCAAGAAUACAAAGCUGUUAUUCAGAAAUUGCUGGAUGCCUUUAUGAAAGACACAGGCAUCAGCCAUGAUCAAAUCAUUAAAGCUCUUCAUGACAUGAAUAGAAAGCAAGACAUCAAAGAAAUGUUUCAGAGCCUGUUUGAGCAGUUCUUUGCUGCCGAGGAUUAUCGAAUUUUUGUUCGUCUAAUGGUGCAGAAGAACAUCGAGCUACAACAACAGGCUCUGGCGAUGAUCAUGCAGGUUCAGGGAGGACUCCCGGAUAGCCUGAGGGAUGGGAAGUCUGAGGCUCCUCGUCCCCCACCCCCACCCCAGGCCCCAUCCAACGAACAGUAUGGGGCUCAGAAUGAGGAAGAAAUCUUAAGGGCGGUCCUAGAACAGUCUAAACGAGAAUAUGAGGAAGAACAGAAGAAGAGGAAAUCGAAGGAGGAGGAGGUAGCGAAAAAAGAAAUGGAAAGUAUAAUCCAGAUUUCCCAGGUGGAAAACUCGCGUCUGGAGGAGGAGAAAAAUAAAGAGAAAGCCAAAUUAGACCAGGCUCUGUUAGGACUCUCUUUGAGUGAAUCAGCCCCACAAGUCACCACUUCAACUAAACCACCAGUAGAAAGCUCAAAACCACCACCUGCAAAACCACAGACAGAUCUCAAGUCAGCGCCCAGUAUAACAUUAACACCUGCUCCAAGCGCAACCCCCACCCCCACCCCUACCCCAAAACCAGCAGAUCCAGUCCCUGCCGCUAGUGUCACCGCUGCCAUCGCCUCCCAGAAAUUACCGCCAGUCGGUCAACAGAAGCCACAGGUGUCCAGUGCUGAGGCUGCAGCGAACUGGCUAAAACAGUCUGACGACACGCCCACACAAAACAAAGCCUCGUCUUCAGCCCUGCAAGCCGCCGCUGUGGCCAUGUCAAACAUGAAUCCAGAGGAACUGAAGAAGCGACAAGAAUAUCUGAAGCAACAGCGAGACAAACUGCUAGAAAUGAAGAAAAAAGAAAGGGAAAAGCAGCUGUUGGCUGCCGAAAAGUCGCAGCCAAAACGCCCAGUGUCUGCCCGCAUGGCAAAAUCAGCCAUGCAAGAUGGAGCAACGGAUGGGUCCAAUAAACUUAGUCCUGAGGAAGAGAAAAAAAUGGCCAUGAGAAAAGCAAUUGCAGAUCGACUAAAGGCUGAAAUGCUCGGAAAAUAGGGGAGGAAAGUUGAUUGUGUUAUUAAACACUUAAUUUGUAAUAUGUGUAUAUUAGAGCUGUGAAGAAGGGAAUGCAUUAAAUCCUCUUCUAUACAUUGAAUGUGAGUUAAUUGAAUGACGUGUCAAGAUAAUUUGAGGAUGAUAAAUGAAUUUGUAUCAUUUUAUGGAUAGUUUUGAUUUUUGAUGAAUAUUUUAAUGCAAGAUUGACUCCUUGCCACUUGGAGAUCAAUUGACACAAAUAACUGCAAGCCACUGUGCUUUGUUACUUUGAAAUAUUGAGUCAUUAGAACUUCUUGACAAUGUUCAUUCAAUGGUCUGAUUGAGAGUCUGGUUGAAUUAUGGUUAAUCCAUGGAAAUCCUGAUGUGGUUGUAGAAGCCUGUGUAUCAUUUUAUUGUUGUACAUAUUUAAAAUGAAUUACCGGUACAUACUAGUGAUGAAGUCCUGUCUUAGGUGAUAUUCUCAUGUUUUGGGUUCCUACUCUGUGUUACGAGUUUUUUAAAGAAUUUAUUGGAUUGAAAUAGUAUAAUAUAUUUGAUAGGAGCGGACCCAUAUUUGCUUCUUUGUUUAGCACUUUCAGGUGUAAAAUAUGAAAUUGUAGAACCCUAAUACCAAAAUCUGGGAAUUUUUUUUAGAAAUAGUCCCCCCCCCCCCCCCCCUUAGAAAAAUUUAUUGAUCCACACCUUUUCAUUGAAAGUACCUAGUAACUUAUUUUACAGUAGGUUUAGAGUACGAAUUGAUAAUUCAUCAGCUGCAUUGUGUAUGUAUGGGAAUGAUUGACGGUAUAGAUUAAUCGGAUUUAUACUCUUUUGUUUGUAGAAUUUCCUGCAAUGUUUGUUAUUCGUAGUUAGAAAUACAUGUAUCCCGAAAACCGUCCCAAUUCACAUAUCCUUUUAAAUUUGUCAGCAAAUUAAAUUUUUCCAUUGAGUGAAUUGUCCAUAUUAAAACCAUUAGUUUAGUUUUUACAAUCAAAGGGUACAGUGCAUUAACUGCUUAAAGCUGUAUGAUCCGAUGUUCAUGUAUUAUUUUUGUACAUAAUUACUUUCAUGCAGAUUAAUUAGUGUUAAAAGUUAUAAACGUUUCCUUAAUUAUAUGAUUGAAAACAUUUGCAUGUAAAAGAAAACAGCGAGAAGAUUAUUUAGAAAGUAAACAAGUGUGGUACAUAUAAAAUUAUCCGGAGCACUUCGGGUCUUUCACCGAAAACACAGUGUUUUUCAGUGAGAGGCUUGAAGUGUUCCAGAUGGCGCAUAAAUUACAUGUAUACCUUUUUAAGCGUCUUUAAAUAGCCCCAUGCGCUUCAGGGGAAUCCCAACAUGAUAUAUGAACUCAGAUGCAACUGUCUAAUUUUAAGGCUGAAAGAGUGUAAAACAACAAAUUACUAAGAGGUAUUUGAUAUUUUUAUUACUAUUAAACUUAUGGCACGGUACUGAUGUAACAAAAUACACAGCUUUACACAGAUAAGACCAUUGAUCUGAAAGUUUGAACUGGUCAUGUGACUGUCACUUGAAAUGGCAGAGUGACGCAGUUGUUUGUAAACACCGAUUUUGAAAUCAGAUAAAUUUGAUUAAAGCAGGUGAAAUAAUGUAUGAUAUGUCGUACAGUCUCAUAACUACAUCCGUGCGAUGAUUUAAUUGCGUUUUUACAAGAUGAAAAAAAAUUGUCAUAAUUCGGACCAUACAACUUUAAGUUGACGGAUUCCUUCAUCAGGGAUGCUCAUUUGCUGUGCUUCAGACAGAAGUCCAUUGUCAUGUUUUUUUUCGAGAGAAUUAUCUCGUGAAUAAGUUUUUAUAGACUUUUGGUAUCAGUAUUUGCAAUAUUAAUCAUUGUAAUUUUACACGGUGUACUGUUUUGGACUGCAGUGCUUGUUCCUGAGACGGAAAUGAUGUGGGAAUUUUUCUGCACAUAUCUCCAGAAUCCAUCCAUACUAAUUAACAAUAUUUAUUUUGGUAUUUAUUUAAUUUGGACUCUUGUUUAUUUUACAUUUCAUUGAUAUAUUCAUAUUUACUUGGCAUUGUGAGAGUGAUUUAAGAGGAAAAUGACAUGAAAGUGGGGGGAAAAAGAUUCAGUUCCAACAUUCGUUUAAGAACUUGAUUGAUUAUUGUAAAACAGAUUUUUAUUAUUUCUUUUCCUAGACCUCUGUAACAUGGUGCUUCAUCGCAUUUUUAUUUUGCGUCAUGGCUAUGGUUGUACAAGUUGUCAGUAUACAUGACAAAGGGAAUGUGCCAUCGAUGUUUGAAUAUCUUUCUCUCUGAUAUUGAAUUUGUUCAUACAUUCAUUGACUCUUAAUGAUGGAUGAAUAUAUUGUCAUUAGGCAAAUCUCCAGCAGUGACAGUCUAAACAUUCUUAUAAAGAACAGUCUCCCCCGCCCCCCUCCAGUCUGAACAUUCUUAUAAAGAACAGGCCUCCCCCCUCCAGUCUGAACAGUCUUAUAAAGAACAGGCCUCCCCCCUCCAGUCUGAACAGUCUUAUAAAGAACAGACCUGCCCCCCCCCCCCCCCCCUUUUUUUUAACAAUGUCCAUUUUCUGUUACUUGCAUAUGCAAAGAAAGGUAUAUUUGGUAACCCCCUCCCACAUUUUGAUCAUGAGUGCUGUCCAAGAGAUAUUUGCAAGAAACUGAAAAGUGGAAUAAAUUUUUUUCUUAGUGUAAUAUAUAUUUCUUUAUAGGUUUGAUGCAUAUAUUUACAUUAUUAUAUGAAAUUACACAUGUAUUUGAGCAGUGUGUGAAUAAUGAUUGUGCAUAAUUGUGUGGAAUUUUUGUUUCAACAUUCCCAACUUUAUAAAACUCUGUGAUAAAUACAUGUAAAUGAAAUUAUA